AUGCGGUUUAAGACGUCCGUUCGAAAUAUUCAAACGUUCAGCAAACUCACAGCUUCGCUGUCAUCACUUGGAAAAGUAGCUUGGGUGCGCCUGGAUGACAAUGGAGUUCGAUUCACAAUUAUUCCUGAAACAGGAACUCAAGUAUGGGCGUCCCUCUCGAUUGACUCUAUCUUCGAAGACUACACCAUUCAAUCUGCCGCUGCGGAUAAUACCAUUAACAUUGAACUACCCCUCCCACCUCUCCAUCGCGCUCUAAAAUCCGCAAUAAACGCGUCAACGGCGGGGAUACGACUUACAAAGCGAGAUGGCAUACCGGUUCUUUCUCUCACGGUCACUACAAAUGCCGUGAUGCAUGGGAAGAGCGCAAAUAUCCUUGGUGGUGAAAGUGGAGCAGCCGAUCCAUUUCGGGAAGGGUUUCGCGAAAAAAGCCUUGAUGCAAACAUGAGAAGAGAUGGAGAAGCCAUCGUUACACAGGAUAUACAUAUACGCAUAUUGGCGGCGGAUAGUGUGGAGGGAAUACAUGAGCCGAGGGUGAGGGAACCGGAUGUACAUAUCAUGCUCCCUUCUCUCAUACAAUUAAAAGCUAUCUCGGAACGGUUCACGAAUCUGGCCAUGGCUACGGCAUCCGGUGGAACGAGAGGAGUAAGUGGAGGAAAUAUACCAAAGUUAGAGUUGAGUGCGAAUAUGCAUGGGAGUUUGAGAUUGAGCAUUGCCACGAAUGCAUUGAACAUCUCAAGUGUAUGGACAGGGCUUAACAAUCCGGACUUGGACCCAAGACAAAUAGAAGAUGGUGAUGAUGGUGUUGAGAAUCAUCCAGCUACAAAACAAAAAGCUGCUGGCCCGGAUGCUUGGGCGACUGUUAGAAUAGACGGAAGGGAUUGGGGAAAGGUGCUCAGUGUUGGAAGACUUGGCGGACGAGUAAUUGCUUGCUUCGUCAACGAUCAAGCCUUGAUCUUAUAUGUAUACCUCGACAACUACGAUGAUGUCGGGGACGAAUCUGUUCUGACGUACUACAUUUCCUCUUUCAGUGCAUAG